GGAGCCUGCCGGGAGCGAGAUGAGGGACGGGUGGCCUGCGCAUGUGCAGCCUUAGCACAGUGUUGUGCGCACAGUGAGCGCUUCACAGGUCGGAAAAGCGGGAGAUGACCGACACUUGGAAGCCACUUUUCUUGGGCAAACUGUAAAAGUGCCAAGUUUACAGACCUUCGAAGGGUGUCCAUGGCCAGGAUCAGAUUCUCCUCUGUGUGCCCGGCAUCCCGGUGUUUCACCGUGCCCACCGUGAGCCCCUUUGCCCGCCAGCGGGUCGCCUUGCUGGGACUCUGUCUCGCAGCUUUUCUCCUGCUGCUCAUCGCCGUUGUAGACCUGUGGCGCUGGGACUCUGCCCCGUCUCAGGACAGACAGUACGAGAGGUAUUUGGCUCGCGUCGGAGACUUAGAAGCUACAGACACGGAAGAUGCCACUCUGAACUACGGACUCGUCGUCGACUGUGGGAGCAGCGGGUCCAGGAUUUUUGUGUAUUUCUGGCCUCGCCAUAACGGGAAUCCUCACGACCUGCUGGAUAUCAAGCAGAUGAGGGAUCGCAACAGCCAGCCAGUAGUUAAGAAAAUCAAACCAGGGAUCUCGGCGAUGGCAGAGACUCCAGAGCGUGCCAGCGAUUACCUCCGCCCCUUGCUGCGUUUUGCGGCCGCUCACGUGCCCGGGAAGAAGCACAAGGAAACCCCGCUGUAUAUCCUGUGUACGGCGGGAAUGAGACUGCUGCCAGAGAGGCAGCAGCAGGCAAUCCUAAUCGAUCUGGUGAAAGAUUUACCUGCGGAGUUUGAUUUCCUCUUCUCCCAGUCUCAAGCUGAAGUCAUCUCUGGGAAGCAGGAAGGGGUCUACGCUUGGAUUGGGAUCAACUUUGUUUUGGGAAGAUUCGAUCACGAGGACGAGGGAGACGAGGUGGUGCCCCAGGGAGAGUCGGCUGGUCGCAGGAGGACGGUAGGCGUCCUGGACAUGGGAGGGGCCUCUCUCCAGAUUGCUUACGAAGUUCCUACCUCCGCCUCCGUCCUUCCUCCAGAUCAGGAGGAGGCUGCCAAGAAUCUGCUGGCCGAAUUCAACCUGGGCUGUGACGCCCAACACACCGACCACGUGUACAGGGUAUACGUCGCCACUUUUUUGGGCUUCGGGGGCAACUUUGCCCGGCAGCGCUAUGAAGACCUCAUGCUGAAUGAAACCCUUACCCGAAAUCGGUUGCUGGGCCAACGGGCAGGUGCCAGCCCCGAAAGCCCGUUGCUGGACCCCUGCUUACCCGUGGGCCUCGUGGACGUGGUGGAGAGGAGCGGUCAGGUCCUGCACCUCCGGGGCAGAGGGGACUGGACGGCGUGCGCCCAAGGACUGCAUCCCCUGCUGCUGUCCCGCCCCAACGCCAGCCGGGCCUCUCUGAACGGGAUCUACCAGUCCCCCAUCAACUUCACCAGCAGCGAGUUCUACGGCUUCUCCGAGUUCUUCUACUGCACGGAGGACGUGCUGCGCAUCGGGGGCCGCUACCACGGCCCCACCUUCGUCAAGGCUGCCCAGGAUUACUGCGGCAUGCCGUGGCCCGUUCUAACGCAGAGGUUCAAGAGCGGCCUCUUCUCCUCACACGCGGACCAGCAUCGCGUCAAGUAUCAGUGUUUUAAAUCAGCCUGGAUGUACCAGGUCCUUCAUGAAGGAUUCCAUUUUCCCCGUGACUAUCCAAACCUGCGAACGGCCCAGUUGGUGUAUGACAGGGAGGUGCAGUGGACGCUCGGAGCCAUUCUGUAUAAAACACGUUUCUUACCUCUCAGGGAUCUCCGGCAGGAGAGCGUCCGGCAGGGCCACGGCAGCUGGUUCCGCCUCUCCUUCGUGUACAACCAUUAUCUCUUCUUCGCCUGCAUCCUGGUGGUGCUCCUGGCUAUCGUCCUCUACCUCCUGCGGCUGCGGCGGAUUCACCACCGGCAGGCCCGGCCCUUGGCCCCGUUGGACCGCUGGAUAGGGGAGGUGGUGCCUUUGAUGGGGGUUCAGGUGGGGUCGUGAUGGCCACGGCGCUCCCGCGGCCGGGACUGAAGCAGGACGCUGGGCUCCCGUGCCUCCCGCCCCGUCCUCCGUGCUGCUUCACCGGCGUCGGACGCUCCUCCUUGGCACUUCCGAAUCCGGAUGUGCCGGUAAACCCCUCUCCCCGACCGAAGCCAGAACUUAGCCCGCGACGAAUCUCAUCGGGAAGUGGAAGACGACACGCCUGGUGCUACUCCAGGGCUUCGAUUCCGAUACGAUCCCGACGGCUCGGCGCCCGCCCGGAGAACCCCAUCUCCGCACCCGGCCUAUCGCGCUGCUAAGGAAAUGUGGCUCCUGGAGAAUCACAUCCCAUUUCUAAGGGGCCCGGGGGAGGUUUGGACCAAACUUGACCCGCUCCCCGUUCUGGCAGUUUGAGCUUUCCCUACCGAUUUACCUCACGGGUCGGGCCUGGGCAUUAUCCUCGCUUCUUGAGCCUCCGAGUGGCCGGCCGGAGCCGGGGCCGGAGGGACAGGGAUUUGUUUUCUCUUUGCCAUCAGGCCUCGUUUCCCUACCAGGUAGGAGAAAUGACCCAAGGACGGAGGAAGAUGUGCGUGAAAGGCAGUGGAGUGGGACCGUAAGGUGCGGGAAAUUGUUUUAGUUUUAACCUUUAGGGUGGUGGCAGGUCCCACCCCGGAGGGUACGUGGACUGAGAUACCAGUAGGAGACAAAUCCAGCGGACGGAGGGAGAUGUGCGCGAAAGGGCGGAACGCGGCGUCCAGGCAGUGGAGCGGGACCGUAAAAUGCGGGAAAUUGUUUUAGUUUUAACCUUUCGGAUGGUGGCAGGUCCCACCCCGGAGGGUGCGUGGACUGAGAUACCAGUAGGAGACAAAUCCAAAGUUCAGCAACGACAGCUUAUACUUGUGCAACUUGUACUUCCCAAGCGCUUAGUCCAGCGCUCUGCACACAGUAAGCGCUCAAUAAAUAUGACUGAUUGAUUGAUUGACAGCGGCAUUUCCCAGCUGAGGAGAAAGAAAAUGGCUUUAACCCAAUUUUGAUCCCUUCAGGGCCCCCUUUUCUUUCCAUACAGACGUUUGCCCGUAAAACUUAUCAAACCACUCCCUUCUGCCACCUCAGCCUUCUCUUGCCGUAAUCCGUUGGUUCCUUCUGACGUCUGAAGCCUAGGGAGCGAAGCAUCUUAUCAUCAAUUUUGAAAGAAAAGCGGGAAGAACCAAGGUGACAGCGACGCAGCCUCUCGGGAAGAGAGAAAACGCUAACCCUGGAAGUAUGAACGUCUCACUGGAACGCAAGGGGGGUGGUUUCAUAAUCCCACUCAAAACGGACCCAAGAUGGAAGCGUGACUCUCCAAGAGUGCGAUGUCCUUGACGUCAGAGCCCCAGUUGCUCCUCAGUUAAGGAGUUUCCUAGUUUUCCCUGGGCAGUCUAAAAUUAGUCUGGUGCUGGAGACUUCCCAGCUUCCUUGGGAAGAUCUUUCCACAUUCCUGCUCUCACUGCAUUUCCCCAGUUCUACCUUUGCCUAAUUUACUGUUGCCUUUGUGAAUUUGGUUUCCACAUUUCAUCGUAGUCAUUGGCCCCAAUCAAUUUCGCCGAAUCUCGUCAGUCUCACCAGCCCUUAGUUCAUUUCCAAUGGUCCUGUCCGGAUAGCCUGGGCUUGCCCGGGUUUUUUUUGUUGUUGUUCUUUGUAUUUUUAAACACAGUGGGACCCGACUCUAGUAGCCGUGCCCGGUAACGGUUAUGAUAAAGUCGAUGAUUCUGUGAGACUCGUCCAAGACUAACGAAGCAGCGCUCGAGCGUAUCAAAGAUGUCCCUCUGGAUCUGUAAACAAUUCCACUGGAUGCCCAUUUUGCUGCUCGCCAUUCCCCCUGGUUUCUUUCAACCUUCUUUCCACUUGGACCACAAUCAAAGGUAUGCCGCUUGGAUGACAGAAAAAAAUAAUAUCUUGCUAUCUAAUAGUGUCUUUCUAAAGAAUUUAAAGCACAGCCCUACUACCUCGUUAUUUUUCCUGUGAGGUAGGGAUCAGUAGGACGAGGGAAGUAUUAUGAGUCCCCUUUUAUAUGGGGAAACAGAGGCACAGAGACUGACGCUUGCCCAGUGCCAAACAGCCAGUUGGUAGCGUGGCUGGCGGGGGUUUCUAGUCCAGGACUCAUUCCGUUUAACGUUUUGAAAUGUUUUUCAGAUUGUUUUCAAACCUUUUAGUUCCCAACCCUCCGAUCUGUUUGCCCUUGCUAGUAUUUGCCAUCCCUGUGGUUCUUGUCCCAGUGUGGCAUGUAAAAACACUUGGGAAGGAAGAGCGGCCUCUCCGGGUUUUUCCGGAACAAUCCAAGGAACGAGGAAGCCGUUCCUGCCACUUGGUCACCUAACCACUCCGUCCUCCGAAUCUGGCUUUCCAAACCGUGGAAUAAAGUUGGAAAUUUUUGCAGUGU